AUGUCAAGUAAACAUUUACGUCGACUACUAGAGGAUCGUGAAAAAGAUACUGGUUCCAAGAGCGAUGAAGAAGAGGAGGUAGAAGAUGUUCCACAAGAACCACCCAGACUAAACAGAUUUGCUCUGAUGUGUGACGACGACGAAGAGGAAAGUGAAAGUGAAGAAGAGGAGUCGGAAGAAGAACAGAGUGAGACAUCGAGCAAGAAAACUCCGAAUGUUACCUCAAAAGACAAGAGUGUGGGCAAAAAGAAGAACAAGAAGAAGAAAAAAGGCAAACAGAAGAAAGCUUCCACUUCUCACAAACAGGACUAUUAUGAGAAUGAUAUGCUAACGGUAGAGGAAGUUGGACCUGAUCACCGUUCUUCUGUAUUCCCCGUAGUGACUGUGAAGGAACUCUUCAAAGUUGAUCCCAAGUUAUUUGAUCCCACAGCUGAAUUGAAAAAAGCUCUUGGCAAAGCUUUCAAGGAGAACGCCAAUGUAGGAAACAGUCAUCGCAACAACAAAUCCAGUGGUAGAAUUGUCAAAUAUAAAAAUUCCUGGCCACCAAUGCGCAGUACAGGUCUCUCCAUGAGUAUUGAGAAAGUAGAAGGAGAUGUUACCUGGUUUAAAUUCGAACAUUCCCCUCGUUAUCAAGGAUACGAAAUUUCUGUCAGUAAUGCCGAGGAUCGUAUGGACCUAGAAAUGAUUCAUAACGUUCUUCGUGAAGGAUAUUAUCAUUUGAAUUCUCUUUUACUCUUUGCCAAUUCCACCAGGAUGCAGGAAGAUGUGACAAUUUCCGCUGACAUAAUUGAACAAGGAGUCUACUUUGCCGAACAAUCUUUACAUUCCCAAUGUAGAAUCACAUCCUGGGAGCAUCGUCUAAACUAUCGCAUUUAUGAAAACAGAGCUUUUUACCUUCUUCUCCACAGGUUCAUGUUGAACUGCGUGGACAAGAGAUGUUUUGAAACUGCAUUGAAUAUCGCUAAAUUAAUUUUCACCAUGGAUCCUCAAGGUGAUCCUCUGGCUGUAAUCUUGAGCAUUGACAGUAUUGCCCUUAAAUGUCGUCGACAUUCAUGGCUUGAGUCUGUUCUCGAAACUUGUGCGGGAUGGAAAAGACUGGAUUUGUUACCCAACUUCCUGUACUCUCAGGCACUAAUUCAUUUCCUGGAUGCAGUUACUGAAGAAGAUAAAAUCAAAGCUGACACAUUGCUACAAAAAGCUCUCUGUUGUUUCCCAGGAGUGGUUGCGAGCUUGGUAGAAGAACUACAGAUCGAAACGGACGAAGUUGUAAGCUCCAACAAAUAUUUCAAUCUUUACGCAUUCAACAAGGAGCGGGAAGGUCUUCAGUUAGUGAUAAAGAUUUAUGUUAAACAAGCUGGUGAACUCUGGAAGGCACCAGAUGUUUUAGAAUGGCUUGAGAGAAACACGAAGUUCGUCAUCGAUGAUGAGAAGAGUCAAGCUGUGUUGGAAGAUUGGAUCAUAAAGAGGAAUGCUUUAUAUAUUGGAAUGCCUCAGAAUAUCAAACGAUUGGCUAUUUUGUUAGGAAUCCUAAGUUCUGAUAGGGCGAUAACGGAUCCUGAACCUCCUGUGGAAGGAAUUUCGAGUUAUCCCAAAAUGCAUAAGUCACCUAAUAAAGAAGGCUUGCUUCAAUCGUUCUUCUCAUCGCUGUUUCCUGGUGGUUUCCAACAGGGUGGUGCGUUGGCUGAAACAGUACGAGAUUUGUUCCGAAACUUGUCAUUAAACAACGGGGAUGGGGGUGACAAUAUACCAAUCGAUCGACUCAAUAUCGAUCAAACUGAUUAG